CCGUCAUCUUCGUCUCGAGUCCAGUGUCUGGGCCUCGCACAUCGUCCGCGUACCCGCUUGGCUAGUCGUGGACAGCAGUCGGCUUGUAUGCCACCGCCGCCAUGCUCCCAAAGGUCGCCAAUCAGCUAUUCCACCACACUCAUAGGGCGGUCGUCGCCGUCCAGAACCAGACCGGCCACACCCUUCGCAAUGUCCUCCAACUCCAGUCUUCUUCCGGCUCUUCCACCGCCGUAACAGGCUGGGGUUCCUCUGUCUCCAGCGGUCCUGGUCACAGCGGUCCAGGUCCCUCCAAAUUCCAUGCCAGCGGUCGCCUUCAGACCUCUCACCCUCAGGGGACUCCCAUUUCCACUCAAGUCGGCGUCCGCGUUGAGAAAUUGUCUGCCUUCCGUGUCCCUUCUCAGCGCUCUCAGCACCUCGCCGCCGAUCCCACUUCCGACGCGUCCCAGCUCAUCCGCUCAGGAUUUGGCACCUAUGCGACCCUCAUCAAUACCCUCACCGAUCGCGACUUCGAGAAUCACGAGGCCGUUCGUCGCGCAGAAGCCCGCCUUCGUCGCCGUCGUCGUGCUGCCAUUGACGAGGGCCUCGAGGAGGAAGAGAAGCGUAUCGCCAGCCUUCGAGGGGACUCCCACUUCAAGUCCGCACUUGCGCUCUUCCAGACAGCCGCCGUAAAUCCUACCUCCAAGUUCCCCCUCCAAGUUUACAACAAGCUCCUCCGUUCAUGCGCCAUUCAUUCCAAUGUCGACGCGGCAUCCGCUGUCUAUUCCCAUCUCGAGAAGCGCGGAGACAUCUAUCCCGACGCCCAGACGUACAUCAGCCUUAUCGAGACGUACGCGAGCCGUCACGACCUGAAUGGAGCCGAGAGCAUGUUCGAGCAAUUCAAGGAGGCUUCCCGUUUCGAGCGCGUCCAAUGGUCCUUCGAUGCCGUCGCAGGCCACACUUCCCCCGAGGAUCUCUCAUACCGGCAACGCGCAUCCCAGACUGCCGUCUGGAACGAGAUGCUGACCGCGUACUUCCGCUGCGGGCAGCCCACUGAGGCUCUGGGACUCCUGGAGCAGAUGAUGGAUACUUCCGCUGGUGAGACGUUUCACGCAACGGAUGUUCCCCUGCCGACUUCCUCCACCUUCGCUCGUGCUAUCACCGGAUUCUGCCAACUUGGCGAUGUGUCGACUGCCCUGGCGUGGUUUGAGCGGAUGCUCCAGCAAGACUCCCCUUCUCGCGAUCCGCAUGCGACCACUCGCGUCCCUCACCGUCCUGAUGCAUCUACGUGGACGACCAUGUUUGACGCGUUGGCUGACGAAGGCAUGGUCGCGGAGGCGAACCGGUUGUUUGUCCGUUGGCAAAUCAUCGCUUCACAGGAAGGUGCCGCCGUAUGGAGUGACCACAGGGACUGUGUCCUUGCGGCAAACCUCAGGUUCAUGGACACGCGCACAGACCUGGAUCAGGCAAAGGCACACGAACUUCUGGACUUCUUGACGGACCACGUCCUCCCUUGGGAUAUCGAAAGCGGUCACUUCACCUUCUAUCGCGACACCUCUCGCUCCCUGUGCCAGAGGCUCGUCAUGCAGUACUGGAACCGCGGACACACGGACGAUGCGCUAGAUCUCGCUGCACGUAUCGCUACACGGCAACUCGAGGUCAUCCGUCAUGGUCAGGCCCAAGGCAAAUUUGAUUCGGCUCAGUCGCAGCGUAGGAUCGAGGGCACUCGCCGCUUCGCUACUGAUGUGGCUUCCGAGAUCCUGUUCAAGACUGGUCCAAGUGCCCCGUUAUCGAGCUUCCUACGGUUGUCGGCCCUACUUACGGAUGUUGGCGCGCUGGUGCCCACCGCGCUAUCGGAGUCUUGUCUUAACGCAUAUGCUUUCCAGCGCGCGAGUCCUGCGCUUUCGCUUUCGACGAAGGACUGGGAAGCGUUGCUGGACAUCGUGGUCGCCAACGAAGCCGACUCUUCGGCUACUUUGAACACAUUGGUGGACGAUCUCCUUAUGCACUCGGUUGAUAUCACUGCCUUCAGCGAGACUGCGAAGAACCAUCUCGUUCGCAGCCUUGCUUCGAACGACAUGAACUCAGCGACGUUGCUUGCUCAACUUGGUGAGCCGUUCUCCAGCCGUCUGGCUGAGCUUCAGCGCGCUUCCCAGACGUCCCCCUCUGGCCAGCCACAGUCGUUUGAGGCCAAUUCCCCCGUAGAAGACAUUCCUGGCACCCCGCUCUCGUCCUCGUACUCCUCCGGUCGCGUCGACACCGCCUACAGUCAACACGUUGGCGAGUUCUAUCCUGGUGGUAACAAGAUCUCGGUGCUCACAGCGUUCAAGCGGUUCAAGUCUGGCGCGGGGAAGGGCAUCUUCCCUCGCCCUAUUGUGUUGGCUCGUCUCAUCAGUGCUCUCGGUCGUCUUGGCGAGGUCGAGAAGAUUCACGAGGUCUACGACGCCGCGCAGGUUGUCCUCAACUCUUUGGAAACUGUCAAGCAGUGGCAGACAUCUGGCUGGUUCUUAAUCGAGGACCACAUGAUCGUUGGGCUAGCCCACGCAGGCGACAUUGAGGCGGCUCACGCUCACCGGCAGCGUAUUCUCCAGCAGGGCGGUGUUCCUUCCGCUGACGCGUACGGAGCUCUCAUAUUGAACGUCAAGGACACCACCGACGACACGUCCAAUGCGAUGGCGCUCUUCACGGAGUCGCAGAACUUCGGGGUCGUGCCAAACAUCUUCAUGUACAACACCAUCAUCUCGAAGCUCGCAAAAGCACGCAAGGCCGACUACGCGCUGCAGCUCUUCCAGGAUAUGAAAGCGCAGAACAUACAGCCUACGUCAGUUACUUACGGUGCCGUUAUUGCCGCGUGCUGCCGUGUCGGCGACGCUGCAUCCGCGGAGCUUCUGUUCCAGGAGAUGACGAGCGAGCCCACGUUCAAGCCUCGCGUUCCACCGUACAAUACCAUGAUGCAACUUUACACCCACACGAAGCCGGAUCGCAGCCGUGUUCUUCAUUACUACAAUGAGCUCUUGGCCGCCAAUGUUCAGCCCACUGCGCACACUUAUAAGCUUCUUAUCGACGCAUACGGUUCCAUCGAACCUGUGGACGAUUCGGCCAUGGAGAAGGUCUUCGAGCAGCUUGUUGCAGACCGAUCCGUCUCUGUUCAGGGUACCCACUGGGCUGCGCUCAUCAACGCCUGGGGCUGCGUGCAGAAGGAUCUCGAUAAGGCUCUUGCCGUCUUCGACUCGAUCGCGAAGCACCCUACCACCAAGCAGAAUUCUUCUCCGAUGCCUGACGCCGUCGUCUACGAGGCCCUUAUCAACACGCUGGUCACAGUUCGUCGUAUGGACCUCGUCCCGCCGUAUCUGGAGCGUCUCCAGUCUAGCGGCGUCCACAUGACAGCAUACAUCGCGAACUUGCUUAUCAAGGGAUACGCGUCUGUGAACGAGAUUGAGCGGUCACGCGAAAUCUUCGAGUCUCUGCAGGAUCCUCAGGAAGGUGUAGCCGCGCCUCACAAUCAUCUCCCACAUCAAAACAAGCAAUCGAACGUUCUCCCUGUGCCUGCUGAAGCACCUGUGUACCGUGAGCCUUCCACUUGGGAAGCUAUGGUCCGUGCGGAACUCGGCAAUGGCGAGCGUGAGCGCGCAGUGGCCUUGCUGCAGCGGUUGCAGGCUAGGAUGUUCCCUCCUGCUGUCUACCAGCGGAUCAGUGGCAUCAUGCUUGACGACUCUGUCUCGCCGUGGUCGGACGCGCCGUCGUCCAGCCCUGGCUUCUCAUCCUGAUAGGGCUGUGACAGGCUGGUCCCUUCACGCUGGUCUACAGGACAUUCAUUGUCGGGCUUGCUCACGCUUUAUUUGCUUUGUCGCUCACUGUAUACUACAUGAUUUCAUGCUCCAAGUAGAAUUAGUGUAUCAGUACUAAUAUCUAUAGGCCGUAUGUUCCGCUAGACGUAGAUUACAAUCCAAUGACCCACACGAGCAGUUAACGAACUACCCAAAAUGUACAUAUUAAUCGACACGAUCUCCCUUACGCAAAUAUCCCCCUUCUCUCGCAUCUUCCGAUUCUGCCAGAAUCCGCUUGACCCCAAGACCAAGACCGACCAUCCCAAUGACUACGAAAAACGCAGUGUGCCACGGGUUGUUCACGACGUACUUCUCAAUAGCGACCAGCUUGUCGUUCAAGUAUCGGGCAAGACGCUCGAUGAUGUUCUCGGAAUGCUUGUAAGAAAGUGUCCCCCUCGCAGCACCGUUUAUGGUAGGGAAAAGACUAGCGGAUGUCAGUUUGACAGUCUCCCCGAAUGGAUCAACGUCAUAGUAGACAAGCCUCGAGUGGUUGGCGACUAUGGGUCGGGGUAAGUGACUAGCCUUGAUACCGUACAUGCUCUUGAGCCAGGUGCCCCACUUGUCCGCAUCCAUCCAAGUGAAGACGACAGGGGCUUGCUCCUUCAUGUCCCGCCACUUGCGCGCCAUCUCGGUGACCUCCUUGGCCGUCCGCUCCUUGUCGCUCUGCGAGGUCGCAGCGAUGACAACGAGUGGCUUGUGCGGCGCGUUCAUGAUGUCCUGGAAAUUGUCGGAAUCAAGCUCGAGUGCGCCGGGAAGACGAUUGCGGAGGAGCCAAUCAACGAGUUCCUGUCUUUCCGCGUGGGUGGAGACUGGCCUGGACAGAGUGUACACUGCAGCAGGCGCAGAGGCGUCAUGGUCCUUGAGCGCAAGAAUAGCAGCGGUACCGGGCUGGAUGUUGUAGUGGUCGUAGAACGAAGCGGAUGUUGACGUGUAGAACGGUGGAGAACCAAACAAUGCGUUCGAUGCCUCGAUGACCUGUCUGAAGAUAGCUUUAUCGUUCGGAGAGUGCAGGAACAGGUAGAGGACAGGAUACUCCGCGAUGCGAGUCUCCAGCUCCCCAAAUUUGAGUUCCUGGACGCCCGGGCCAGAAACCUUCUCCGCGAACGCCUUGAGUUGUUCGAGCUUGCGACCGCCCGUGUACUCGGUCCUGGUAUUCUUAUCACCGUAAUACUGAAGCAUGGGAUAUCCAGUGACGCCCUCCUUCCUGCAAAGGGCGUUGUGUGCCUCGCAGUCGACCUCGGCGAGAGUAAGCUUGUGCUGCAUGAGGCCACCAAGCUGCGACCAUAUUGGCGCGAGUUUCUUGCAAUGUCCGCACCAAGGGGCGAAGAAUUUGACAAAGACGUGACCCUUGUCAAUGGUCUCCUGGAAGUUCUUCUCGUCCAGCGAAAGCACGAUGCCGUGAGGAUUCACAUUCUCCCGGGUCGCAAUCUCCUCCACAAGUUCAUCCUUCUCCGCGGUCAAUGGAACAACGUUCUCCGUCUUCGCGGUGGGUUCCGGGGCAGGGGGGUUGCGGGGUUCAGCGUGAGCAGCGAUGUACUUUGUGAGGAUGUCGAUGUCCCUAGAUUGCUUGAAGGUUUCAAGGUAUUUUCCAUCCUUAUAAAGAUUCAUUUGCGGGUAUCCCGUGACUCCGUUCUUACCACAAAGGUCACCAUGCACAGCACAGUUGACCUGGGCAAGAUGGAUUCCGGGAUCGGCCUUCUUCUCGUUCGCCUCUACGAGCUCUGUCCAUGUAGGUGCGAAGGCUUUGCAGUGAUGGCAAUAGGGAGAGAAGUGCUCGAUGAACCAGACUCCAUGAGCUAUUGUAGACUGGAAGUUGUCCGGAGUGAGGACGAGAAGCUCGGUUUGGGAAGACUGGACGGGAAGAGCGGUGCAAGCGAGGAUGAGGGAGGACACGAGAAGAGAGAAAGGAAGCCUCGCAAACGCGAGCAUGGUGGCGGUCGGAGGUUGUGCUUCAACGGGGAUAUUUCAGCGAAUGUGAGCAAGGCGGG